AUGGGAUCAGUAUUGUCUUCCGAUCAAACAAAAGUUUCUACAUACGAAGAUAUACAUGCUACAAUGAAAUUAAUUCGAGAAAAUGAUGCUGUAGCUAAUCAAAUUAGAGGAUUUAUCAUUAAAAUUCCAAUAAGCAAAAUCCCACCAGUAAUUAUUGCGGCAAUUCCAACAAAAGGGAACACAAAAGCUGACAAAAUUAGUCAACUCUUACUUGAUAUAAUAAAUAUGACAGCUUGUGCGGAAAUAAAUCUGCUAAGUAUUGGUGCUGAUGGAGCAAUUUCUGAAAUGAAAGCACAAGAAAAAUAA